CCCCAGGCCGCAUCCGCAGCUCCUUCCACACAGCAAAAAGCUGUGCAGGCGCAGCUUUCCUACGCCAGCAUCGCCAACAAGACGGCACAGCAGUCGCAGAAUGCAAGCAAACUGAAGAACAACGCCCCUCAACCAUCCUCCAAGCCAUCCAACAUGCAGAAUGGCGACCACGGCAGGAAGCCUUCAGUCAUCAUCAGCGCCUCUGGCACCACCGGACAGAUCCCCAACGGCGGGCCUCAGACGCAGUCCUCGAGACCAAACAUCAACUUUGGCUCCAUGAACGGCCCCACCGGCUCUCCCGCCAUCGCGACCAGCGUCCCCGUCCAGCAGACCACCCCCAGUCUCGCCGCCGCCAACCCCAACAUCAUCUCUCCCUCACACUCGCCCUCGCCCAUCCCUCAGCCCGCCGCCAGCGGUGGCAAGCCNCCGGCCAACCUCCCCGGCCAGAACAAUGCCCCCAACUUUGGCAGCUUUGGCGCUGAGAACGGUGAAGUCAGUCUCGAUACGAAAAAUGUCCACGUAGCACCGCAGCUGACCCACGUCGUACAGAACAACGCCGCUCCUCUGACUCCCUCCAGUCAGCCCGCCCACAUGCGCCGUCCUUCAACGCAGUCACAACACAGCGACGCCGGCAUGCGCGGUAACUUUGUGCCCGGCAACGGCCGCGGGCGCGGUUUCACUCCCGGCGGUUACAACCCCCAGUCGCCUGCUCAAAGCCACCGCCCUAUGCCUUUCCAGCAACGCGGCCCUGCCAACAUGCCUCCCCAGGCCGGCAUGAACCAGUACCCUAUGGCCCCCUCCCCCGGUGGCUCUUACCGUGGCAGAAACGGCAGCCCCGCCAUGGCACACGCACAGCCUUUCAUGCCCCAGAACAUGCAACACCAGCAAAUGUACCCCGGCCAGCCGCAUCUCAAUCCUCAGCAACAGGCUCUGUAUGGCAUGCAGACCCCGUACGACCCCUACUCCGGCUUCUACCCUCCCUACUACGGUCAGGGCGCACAAUACCAACAGGGUGCUCCUCCCAGCCCUCGUCCCAACCAGCCAUACCCCGCUAGUUACGGUGGCCCUCCUGCUCACAUGAAUUCUCCCUACCACAACCCUAUGUCACGUAGCGGCUCCCAAAUUUCCGAGCGACCUGGUUCAAGCGUCGGUCAACCUACCGCCUCAGCCCCCAGCGCCUCUCAAGCACCUGCCGCUCCUGGCACACCUACUCCCGUAUCCUCCAACUUCCAGAUCCCUACCAAGACUAAGAGCAAGGCCAUUGUCAUCAAGAACGACAAGGGUGAGGAGUUGAAUUUCGAAAAGAAGCCAUCACCUGCACCUCAGUCGCCCGCCAUUGUCUCUUCCGCCCCUACACCUCCUCCUCGCACUCCUAGCGUCCAACACAACCGCACCGAGAGCAAGAGCACAAAGACCGACGCUGAAACCAAGUCUGCAUUCCAAGAGCAGGUCAAGCGUAACAUCGAGGCUCAGCGCGCAAAGGAAGAGGCCGAGAAGAAGGCCGCCCAGGACAAGGAAGAUGCCGACAAGAAGGCUAUCCAGGACAAGGACGACGCCGAGAAGAAGGCUGCUCAAGAGAAGGAAGAGGCCGAAGCCAAAGCCAAGCAGGAGCAGGAAGAGGCUGAUGCCAAGGCAGCAAAGGACAAGGAAGAGGCAGACAAGAAGGCCGCCGAGGAGGCAAGCGCUAAGGAGGCUGCCGACAAGGCCAAGUCCGACGAGGACGAAGCUGCCCGUCUCAAGCGUGAGGAAGACGAGCGCAUCGAGCGCGAGAUCGCCGAGAUGGAGGAGGCCGAGCGUCUCGAGGAAGAGCGCGAGAAGGCCUUCCAAGAGAAGAGAAACAAGGAGAAGGAGGCCCAGGCCGCAAAGGACAAGGAGGCCGCCGACAAGGCCGACGAAGAGAUGAAGCGUCUGGAGCGUGAGGCCGAGGAGCUCGAGCUCAAGAAGGAGAAGGAGCGUGAGGGCGAAGCAUCGGCCGAGAAGACUGACGAGCAGAAGGCCGAGGACGCAAAGCUCUUCGCUUCCCUGAAGAAGCCCACUCUCGGCCCUGGUGCUACCGAGGAGGCUGCAGCUCCCGCCGAACCUGCACCUGCAAAGUCCAAGCCUGCCAACCUCAAGCUCGAUACCACCAAGAACGUCGAGCCCGCACAACCCACUGCUGGUAUGCAGUCGCUCAAGUCUGCCCGUUUCCUCGAGAUCAAGAACGACCAAUUCAGCUACCCCGAGGGCGUCCAGUCCCCCAACCCCGCUCUCAACCAAACCGGCAAGCGUGUUGGCAAGGAGUACGAUCUGGACUUCUUGAUCCAAUUCCAGAGCGUCUUCAAGGAGAAGCCCACUGUUGACUGGGAUCUGAGAGUCAAGGAGACCCUUGGUGAGGGUGACAGCUCUGGUCGCCAGAACAGCCGUGGUGGUGCAAGCAUGGGCGGCCGCCAGCCUUCUAACAGAGGUCCUAGCCAGUUCAGUGCCAUGGGCGCCUUCGCCAGUGGCAACACUCGUACUCUUCCCGCCGGCACUACUUCUGCCGACCGCUUCAAUGCCUCCUCUGGAAGAGGUGGUCCUAUGGGCAUGGGACGUGGCGGUGCCUUCCCUGGCCAGGGUUCUCUCAGCCGUACCAACUCUCUUCAAACCAUGGCUGGCAUGGGCGGCCCUGGUUCGCCUAGAACUAAUACUUCUCGCAGAGGAGGUGGUAGCAAGCGCGGUAACCCCUCGCGUCACCAUGACAGAGAGGAUGCCAACGCAGCCAAGAACAUGCCUCUUACCGCUGGUAUGGACCUCAAGCCCCUCGAGAAGUCGCAGAGUGGAUGGACCGCCCGCAGUAUCGGCGCACCUGCCGUAGCUGCUGCACCUGUUGACGGCCAAAUGCCUCCGGACAUGGUCCAGCGUAAGGUCAAGGCCGCUCUGAACAAGAUGACCCCCGAGAACUUCGAGAAGAUUUCGGACCAAAUCAUCGAAAUUGCCAACCAGUCGAAGAAGGAGUCUGACGGUCGUACUCUGCGCCAAGUCAUUCAGCUCACUUUCGAGAAGGCUUGUGACGAAGCUCACUGGGCCGGCACUUACGCCAAGUUCUGUUCAAAGAUGUUGACUAGCAUGAGCAACGAGAUUGUUGAUGAGACAAUCCGUGACAGGAGCGGUCAGCCCGUUGUCGGUGGUGGUCUCUUCAGAAAGUAUUUGCUCAACCGCUGUCAAGAGGAGUUCGAGCGUGGUUGGGAGGCUAACCUUCCUCCCAUGCCCGAAGGUAAGGAGGCUACUCUUCUGUCCGAUGAGUACUAUAUCGCCGCCGCUGCCAAGAGAAAGGGUCUUGGUCUUAUUCAGUUCAUCGGCGAGCUCUACAAGCUCGGCAUGCUUACAGUCAAGAUUAUGCACCAGUGUGUGUUGAGAUUGCUGAACUUUGAGGGUCAGCCCGAUGAAUCAGCCGUCGAGAACUUGUCCAAGCUUCUCAAGGCUGUUGGUGCCACAAUGGACAGCACUGAGCAAGGACACCAGCUUGUCAACGUUUACUACGAGCGUGUUGGAAGCAUUCUUGACCAACACAAGGACAUGCCCAGCAGAUCGAGAUUCAUGCUUAUGGAUAUCAUCGACCUCAGGAAGAACAACUGGAGAUCAAAGGAUGCUGACAAGGGACCCAAGACCAUCGAGGAGAUUCACGCCGAGGCUGAGGCUGCACAUGCCGCACAGGAACUUGAGAGACAGCGCAACAACAGCAACCGUGGUGGUCACGGUCGUGCCCCCAUGGGUCGCGGUGACGCCCGCUCAUUCUCUGGACACGGUGGCAUGCCUCCUCCGGAUUACCCCCGCAACCAGGUCGGUAUGGAUGAUCUUCGUCGUCUGCAAGCCCGUGGUUCUCAACGCCAGGCCAGCGCUGGUCUUGGCCCUCAGCUCGGCCCCAGCUCGCUGUUUAGCAGCUCGCGCAGUGGUAGUGGUCGCAAGGGCCUUGGNCCCCCUAGAGAUGGUGAAGGUUCCGGACCUACCUCAAGAUCAGGCACUCCUUCCCAACAGAAGAAGGAGGAGACAACACACGUCAACGCCUUCAGUGCACUUGCCGCCCUUGAGAACCAGNNGGAGAACGAGGGUGCCGACGAUGUGGCAUCACCCCCUUCGAACGCUGGGUCGCCGCCCGUCUCGAAGGCUACCCCUUCCAUUGACGAGGCCGCUUCAACAGACGCAUGA